GUGCCUGGGAUCACAUCUCCAUGGUGGUGGAUGGUGUCCGUGACCUCGAGCAGCGGAUACAGAAAGCCAAAAACAAUGUUGAGGAGAUCCAGACCCUGGUGCAAUCGUGGGCAUCGCCCAUAUUCGAGAGGAAGGAUUGCAAAAAGGAAUCUCUGCUAAGCCUGGAGGACUGUCAAGACCGUCAGGAGAGAUGUUACAGCCUUGUCAGGGAGUCAGGGCAGAGGAUUCAUUUGCUGGUGAAGGAAAACCAGAGCCUCUUACUUGCAGACCCAGCAUCAGACCUCUGGAAGGCCUAUGUGGAUUAUUUGGAUGAGAUAGUCCUGGAUGGAUUCUUCACUGCCAUUGAGUGCUCGCUCAAGUACCUCCUGGAAAACACAGAUCCCAAGGCAGGGCUCGCUCCCCUCUUUGAGGUGCAGCUGGAUUUGGUGAUCCCAGACUUGAUAUUUCAACCCUCCUUGGACCCUGGCACAAACGAUGGCUUCUAUGACAUGGUGGAAGGUCUUCUCAACGACAUCUACCGGAUCUCGUCACUGGUGCCCAGGCUGGCUGAGCACAGCGGCUUCCUGCACUACCAGGAGGACAUGGAGGACAUGGCCGACCUGGCCAACCUGCGCCAUGAGCUGAUGGGCCGUGUCCAGGCCGCGGUGGCCGCCUGCUGCGAGUACCGCAGCACCUUCCACCGCUACUCCUCCCUCUGUGUGGAGGACAGGACGGAGCUCUGCCGCCAGUUCCUCCUCUACGGGCGCGUCCUCACGGCUGCCGAAAUGGAGGCCCACGCAGAGGACGGGGUCCCCGAGGUGCCUCCCACGCUGCAGCAGUUCAGGGAGCAGAUCGACUCCUAUGAGAAGAUCUAUGAGGAGGUGAGUCGCAUCGAGCCCAGCAGAAUAUUCCAGGGCUGGAUGAAAGUCGACGCUCGGCCUUUCAAGGCGUCCUUGCUGAACGUGAUUAAAAGGUGGAGCUUGGUGUUCAAGCAGCAUCUCGUCGACCACGUCACACACAGCUUGGCUGACCUCGAUGAGUUCAUCAAAACUGCCGAUAAAGGUUUGAGCAAAAAGGUUGAAAAAGGCAAUUAUGAUGGUUUGGUGGAGAUAAUGGGUCAUCUCCUGGCUGUUAAAGACAGACAGAGUGUCACUGAUGCCAAGUUUGAGCACCUGAAGCAGACCAUCGACCUGCUGAAGACAUAUGAGCAGCCGCUGCCAGAGGAAGUCUAUAAACAGCUGGAGGAGCUGCCAGAAAAAUGGACCAACCUGAAGAAGCUGGCGGUGGCUGUGAAGCAGCACGUGGCCCCUCUGCAGGCCAAUGAGAUGACGGCUCUGCGCAAGAGCUGCGCGGCCUUCGAUGCCGAGCAGCACCGAUUCCGAGAGCGGUUUCAGCAAGAAGCACCCUUCAGGUUUGACACCAAAAAGCCUUAUCAACUGCUGGAUGCAAAGCACACUGAGAUUAAACAAAUGGAGUCAGCCAUGACCUUGAUUUAUGAAUCAGCUUGUCUGUUUGAAGUCAUGGUGCCAGAUUAUAAACAACUGAAGCAGUGCAGAAAGGAGCUGUGUCUUCUGAAAGAGCUCUGGGAUAUGAUCUCCCUUGUGAACACUAGCCUUGAUGAGUGGCAGACCACCAAAUGGGUGGACAUUAAUGUGGAAAACAUGGAUCUGGAAUGUAAAAAGUUUGCAAGAGAGAUUCGGAAUUUGGAUAAGGAGAUGAGGGCAUGGGAUGCUUUCGCUGGGCUGGACAGCAAGAUUAAGAACAUACUGACGUCCCUGAAAGCUGUGGCAGAACUUCAAAAUCCUGCCAUUAGAGAAAGACACUGGAAUCAACUGAUGCAAAUGACAGGUGUGAGGUUUGUGAUGGACUCGGACACCACACUGGCUGACCUCCUGAAGCUCAAACUGCAUAACUUUGAGGAUGAGGUUCGUGGCAUCGUGGACAAAGCAGUGCAAGAAAUGAGUAUGGAGAAAGUCCUGAAGGAGCUGAACAUGACUUGGAGCACCAUGGAGUUUCAGUAUGAGCCUCACCCCCGGACGAACAUCCUGUUGCUGAAGUCAGAUGAGGAACUUAUUGAAACUUUAGAAGACAACCAGGUGCAGCUGCAGAACUUAAUGACAUCCAAAUGCAUUGCUUUCUUCCUGGAGGAAGUGUCUGCGUGGCAGAAGAAGCUGUCCACUACAGACUCCAUCAUCUCCCUCUGGUUUGAAGUGCAGCGUACAUGGUCUCACUUGGAGAGCAUAUUCAUAGGCUCAGAAGAUAUACGGGCACAGCUUCCCAAG